AUGUGUUGCUGUCUCAACGACAUCAUGUCUUUACCACCAGCAACAGACGAAAUGCUAGUGCAAGAAGAUAACAAUUCAUCAUCGUCGUCGCUGUCAUUUUCUUCGUUGCCCAAGGACAUGGUCCUCAAGUGCUUGCUCCGAGUCCCCAGGAGCUCCCACCUCAACGUCUCGUUCGUAAACGCCAGUUUCAAAUCUCUUAUCACCUCCCGUGAAUUCCACCAGUCCCAGUCCAUCCUCCUCCGGAAAGACUCCGUGUACGUCUCCUUCACCGAUGACGAAGAGUAUGACUGUGUCUACAAAUGGUUUACUCUCCGUCCCGUUGAGAUUGAGGAUGAGAAGAAGACAACUGAGUAUCGACUGGUCCCAGUUCCGGUCCCUUCUAAUGGUCUUUCGUACGUUUCUGCCGAAGUCAUCGCAGUUGGGUCCGAGAUCUAUUUCGUUGGUGGCGAGACAUUAUCCGACUCCGACUACGACUCCUCCGGUCUCUGGAUUUACGAUACUCUUUCUGGAGAUCUAACUAAGGGACCAAGCAUGCCGUGUCCUAACACCAUUUGCUACGCCUUGGGGGUUGUUGAGGGGGAGAUUUACGUGAUCCGAGGAGGGCGUGAAUAUGGAGAGAUCCAAGUGGUGGCUUUUGAUACAAAAUCACGUGUGUGGAGCUUUGCAUGGGAGGGGAAUGUCCAAAAGCCGCCAUCUUAUUGCGCAUCGCUGGAAGGGAAGGUUUAUACGGUGGAUCAUUACGGUGAUGAAGUCACCGUGUAUAACCCUAAGGAAGGUAAGACAGAGGAGACAAUAUCAACAAUAGAAAAUGAAGGUAGAAUAAGAAGAGGUGAUGAUUUCCUGAGUUAUGUGUGUGCGGUAGAGGAUGUGCUUUAUGCUUGUUUUGAUUGGAGUGGGUUUGUGUGGUUUGACAACAAGCUUAAUGUUUGGACAAGACUGAUUAUAUCUGAUGAUGAUGUUGAUGAUGUCAAGGCGUUGACUAAUCAGAUUUAUGUGGAUGCGAUGGUGGAGUAUCAUGGAAAGCUUGCGGUGUUUUGGCAGAAGGAAAGUGAGGUUGGUGAAUUUAAGGAUGUUAUGUGUGUGUUGAUUGCAUUGGAUAGGAUUGGAGAAAGGAUUCGUGGGAAGAUCGAUUGGUCUGGUGUUGUAGCCACUGUCCCCACUUGCUACAAGUUUGUGCACUGCUUAGGUGUUUCUCAUUGA